CGCUCUUUCAGGAGGUAACGGAGGAGCUGUGAGAGCUUGCAUGCCAUCACCAUGGAUUGCCUUUUUCUUCUCAUGUGGACUUUACCCAUCCCGCUGGUCGGCUGCACAUCAGUCAAGCUGUUGCCUCCCCUCUUGUCCUGGAAUAUUAUCAAGACGCUGCAUAUUUACUGCUCACAUUCCUCUCACACCGUUUCGGCCAGCUAUUCUUCCAGCGACAGCCACGGAUUAAAUCACGACUAUGUGUUUGUGACACCGGUGGAGGUGGACGCUGCGGGCACCUACCUGACCCAUGAUGUGACCAGACGGAGCCAUCGCAGCAGACGGUCCCUGUCUCCGUCUCUGCACUACCAGCUGUCAGCGUUCGGGCGGGACAUGCACCUGGACUUGCGUCCGUCCUCAGUAGUUGGCCCGGGCUUCACUGUGCAGACGCUGGGGUCACAGGGCAUUACCAGUGUGAAGGGAGAUGCAGGGUUUCACAGCUGCCUGUAUCAGGGAUUUAUUCGCAACCUGUCGGCCUCCUCAGCAGCCAUUUCAACAUGUUCUGGAUUGUCGGGUCUGAUUCGAAUGUCCGAGGAGGAGUUUUUCAUCACGCCGCUGCCUCCUCACCUGGCUGCCCACCACAACUACAGCGCCCCUGGUGGUCACCACCCGCAUGUUGUCUACAAACGCUCAGCUGAACACAUGGUCCACGGCAAAUCUGACAACCCACUGAGUCACAGUUCUUCCAGAUCUGAUAACCCUUACCUUCAUCAUCAUCUCCAUCAGCGGCAGCAGCAGCGUCACCAUGACUACCAACAUGGGAAGCUGCAGAGGCUACACUUUUGUGGACGCCGCAAGCAAUACGCUCCCAAGCCUCCUGCUGAGGACCGUUUCAUCAUGCACGAUGAGUUUGAGAUGCCCAAGCAGGAAGGGACAGGCAGGGCCAAACGAUCGCCCAUCAAUUCCAACAGGGUUGGCGGUCUGAACGUGGAGACCCUGGUGGUAGCAGACAGGAAGAUGCUGGAGAAACAUGGCAGAGACAACGUCACCACCUAUGUGCUCACCGUCAUGAACAUGGUAUCCAGUCUGUUCAAAGAUGGCACCAUUGGCACAGACAUCAACAUUGUGGUGGUCAGCCUGCUGCUGCUGGAGCAAGACCCACUGGGUCUGACCAUUAACCACCAUGCAGAUCAGUCCCUCAACAGUUUUUGUCAGUGGCAGUCGGGUCUGGUGGGGAAAGGCGGAAAACGCCAUGACCACGCCGUUCUGCUUACCGGCCUGGACAUCUGCUCUUGGAAGAACGAGCCCUGUGACACUCUGGGCUUUGCUCCCAUCAGUGGCAUGUGCAGUAAAUACAGGAGUUGUACCAUCAAUGAAGACACAGGACUCGGACUGGCUUUCACCAUCGCCCAUGAGUCGGGACACAAUUUUGGGAUGAUCCAUGACGGUGAGGGGAAUCCUUGUCGCAAGACGGAGGGAAACAUUAUGUCACCAACGCUGGCCGGAAACAAUGGCGUCUUCUCUUGGUCCACCUGCAGCCGCCAGUACCUCAGCCGCUUCCUCGGGACAGCUCAGGCGUCCUGCUUGGUGGAUGAGCCCAAACAGCUGGGUCAGUAUAAAUACCCGGAGCAGCUCCCUGGUCAGCUGUACGAUGCAGACACACAGUGCAAGUGGCAGUUCGGGUCCAAAGCCAAACUCUGCAACCUUGAUUUUGUCAAGGACAUCUGCAAGUCGCUUUGGUGCCACCGUACAGGUCAUCGGUGUGAGACCAAGUUCAUGCCUGCUGCUGAAGGAACCAGCUGUGGUCCUGAUAUGUGGUGUCGGAGGGGCCAGUGUGUUAAAUAUGGGGAGCACGGUCCCAGGGCGGUCCAUGGCCAGUGGUCGGGCUGGUCCCAAUGGUCCGACUGCUCCAGGACCUGCGGAGGAGGGGUCAUGUACAGGGAGCGCUCCUGCACCAGCCCCAGGCCACAGAACAAUGGUAAAUUUUGCCCUGGCUCCAGCCGCCUCAACCAGUUGUGUAACACACGGCCGUGCCCACCUGGUGCCGUGGAUUUCCGAGCCCAGCAGUGCGCUGAAUACAACAGCAAACCCUUCAGGGGCUGGUACUACAAGUGGAAGCCCUACACCAAAGUGGAUGAUGAAGACAUCUGCAAGCUGUACUGCAUCGCAGAGGACUUUGACUUCUUCUUCGCCAUGUCAAGCAAAGUCAAAGAUGGCACCUCCUGCUCUGACCAGAAAGGAGAUGUCUGUAUCGAAGGAGUGUGCGAGGCGGUGGGCUGUGACCAGGUUCUGAGCUCCAAGGCCGCUCUGGACGCCUGUGGAGUGUGUAAGGGAGACAACUCCACCUGCAAGUUCUUCAAAGGCCAAUACACACUGCAGCACAGGGCCAACGAGUACUACUCCAUGGUGACGGUGCCAGUUGGGGCGCGCAGCAUCCGAGUGCAGGAGAUGGAGGUUUCCACUAGCUACUUGGCCGUCCGCUCCCUGAAGAGGAAGUAUUACCUGACAGGGGACUGGACGGUGGACUGGCCAGGGAAGUUCCACUUUGGUGGGACUGUGUUCGACUACCAGCGCUCCUUCAACAAGCCAGAGAGCUUGUACGCUGCGGGACCUACUAAUGAGACGCUGGUGUUUGAAAUCCUGCUGCAGGGGAAGAACCCGGGUGUGGUGUGGGAGUACACUCUGCCUCGCACCGAGAGGAAACCUGACUAUAGUUGGGGUGUGGUGCGCUCCGACUGCUCUGCCCCCUGUGCUGGAGGCCGCAUCUCCACAAAGGCGAUCUGUCUGCAGGACCAGAAGCUGCAGGUGAACUCCUCCAUGUGUAACCCUCAGACCAGACCAGCGCUGGGCUCACACCUCUGCAACACACAGCCCUGCCCUGCAUACUGGGCGACAGGAGACUGGGGUCCCUGCAGCAGGUCGUGUGGCGGGGGCCAGCAGAGCAGGACACUGCGCUGCCUGAGGAAGGUGACGUACCAGCGGGAGGAGGUGGUGGCUCACUCGCUCUGCCCUGUCAUCUCGCCGGCACAGCUGCAGCCCUGCCACACCCAAGCCUGCCCGCCCGAGUGGAGCACUGGCUCCUGGUCACAGUGCUCCAAGACCUGUGGCCGCGGGCUGAGGAAGCGCAGCGUGUUCUGCCGCAGCACCGACCCCGGGGCUAAAGCGGUCGUGGUUCCCGACAGCAUGUGCAGGCAGCAUCACCGGCCCAAAGCACAGGAGACCUGUGUUCUGCGCCGAUGCCCCAAGAAUGAAAAGCUGCAGUGGAUUUCAACUCCCUGGGGAGAGUGCUCCAGGUCGUGCGGUUCGGGCGUCCAGAAGAGAGAGCUUCGCUGCGGGGAGAGAGAUUCUCAGGGAGGGUAUGUGGAGUUUCCUGUUCGGAGGUGCAGGAACGUGGCCAAGCCCUUGGUGGAUCUCCAGCAGGCCUGCAGCCGGGGUCCGUGCCCAGAGCCGCCCCGCCUUGUCCCGGGCAGAACCACCAGCAGUGCUGUGGUCCUGGGAUGGUACUCGUCUCCAUGGCAACAGUGCUCAGUGUCGUGUGGUGGAGGUGUCCAGACUCGGACCAUCCAGUGUCUGCGCCAAGGUCGCCCAGCAGCUGGCUGCCUGCCACACCAACAGCCUGUCACAUCCAGGGCCUGCAACACACACUUCUGCCCUGCCCCUGUCCCAGCUCCAGCUCCUGUGCCUGUCCCGGGACCAGCACAGCGCUCCAGCCUGAUGCCAGGCCAGAUCCCUGGUGGUGGACCAAUACUGAGAGAUGAGCAGUGUGUGGAUCAUUUCAGCUGGUGCCACCUGGUUCCCCAGCACGGCGUAUGUAACCACAAGUUUUAUGGUCAACAGUGCUGCAGGUCCUGCUCUAGCAAGAGGCCGUAGAGCUGUGUUACCUCUGAGUCUCUGGCCGCAGGCUCCCGAAGGAAAUGACACUGCCGGUUCACCUCCAUCUGGCCAUGUGGGGGCCAAUUACUCAACACCACACAGAACUGUGUUUAAAGCUCUGUGUUUUCUUCCUGGAGUACUUGACUAAUGAAUUUCAAUACGAAAGAGAGAAUGGACUCUUUCGGAGUGUGAUUCCAAGAAAGAAGGCAAUGUGGGCACUCAUGCUCAUCUGCCAAAGCAGUGUCAUCGAGUCAUGUAAAUAUAAAUUUGGCAUUUUGUUGACUGUUAUUCCUCUGACAACCUCUAAAACUACAAGCCAUCAAGGGAAAAAGACAAGGACAAUAUUUUUUUUUUUUUUUUUUUUUUUUUUUAAGCUCGCUUAUAUGUUGUAUAUUUAAAGGCACCUGGUUUUAAAUGCCUUUAUUUAAGUUAUUAUGGUUGGUAUAUAUGAUUUUACAUUUUGUCAAGUGUACAGUGGAUCUGUGACAUGUUUUCAUGGAUAUACCAUAGGAUCGUGCCAGUCACCCUUGGAUCCACGUUAUGAGAUUAAAAAAAACAAAACAAAGCAAAAAAAAAAAAAAAAAAAAAAA